AUAUCUUUAAACAGGUAGACUUGAAACAUUAAGUAAGAGAGAGAUAUUUGAGUUUCCAAACAUGGCUGGAGAUUCAAGUUUCGAUCAGGAUAAGAAUAAACUAGCAGAAUAUGAAACCUCUAGCUCUGGGAGCUACAAAUCCUCCAGGGGCUGCUUCAAUUCCAAGACCGGAGAACUGAUGGGACGGAACUUCUUCUCCUGGAUCAAACUUCUCUCAUUUUUCUUCAUAUUUUGUGGCGUCAUGUCUACCCUGUUUGGAUUGUGUAUGGGUAUAUUCUUCCAGACUCUGGAUUAUUAUAUUCCUAAAUUAAAAAUUGAAGAUUCAAUGAUAGGUUCUAACCCUGGUCUAGGAUACAGACCAGCAGGGGGACUAGGCUUCAAAACUAUUAACGGAGAUUACAAGGGUUUGAGUAUUUACUCUUCCUUGAUCUGGUUUCGACACGGAGGAGAUGGAAACUUUGACAGAUUAAGAGAGAACCUGGAUAAAUUCCUUGAAGAAUACGAACCAGGCUUCUUCGCUAAUCAGGGAGCUUCACUAACCAAAUGUGAUUUUGAAUCAAAACCUAAGUUAACAGAUGAGAGUUGUGAGUUUAACAAGGAAUGGUUGAGUGAUCAAGGAGCCGACAUCAAGUGUAUCAGUGCAGAACAUUACGGGUACUACUACGGGAAGCCCUGUAUCCUGAUUAAGCUGAACCGUAUCUACGACUGGUUUCCUGACCCCUAUGAUAUUAAUGAAGUCAGAAACCAUUCUACAAUGCCGCUGUCGUUGAAGAAUGAUAUAGAGAAGAUCUAUGAGGAGAAAUGUGAUGAUGAUCCUAAUAAAUACUGUCCCUACCUGAACAUGGUCUGGUUGCACUGUGAUGGAGAGGACGACCCGGAUAAAGAGAACCUAGGACUGGUUUCCUACACUCCCUUCCGUGGAUUCCCAGGAUACUUUUUCCCGUACAGAAACCAGCGUGGGUACUUGAGCCCGGUCGUGAUGGUACAAUUGAAGAACCCGACCCCUGCCGUACUCAUGAAUCUUGAGUGUACAGCCUGGGCCAGAAAUAUCAGACAUAACAGGUUGAAGAGAGAGGGUUUGGUACAUUUUGAACUCCUGAUGGACUAAACAACAGAAAAAAUUAAAAUCUUUUUAUAAAACUUCUUGUAAAGUGAAGACUGUAUGCUGCCUCAUAAAUAAUUUAUUUAGGUUGAUCAGUUGAAUUUUUGAUUUGCUUACAUUAGUUUUCUCAUUUUUCAACUGCACAAAUCAUCUACAAUUGUUGUAUACCUAUAUUGUUCGGAUAAAAAAUGUACUUUUCUAUUGAGCAACUUAUCUGCAAUAUUCGUACAACUGUAUUAUUCGGACAAAAAAUGUACAACUGUAUUAUUUGGAUAAAAAAUGCGUUACUCACCUACAAUUUAUUGUACAACUGUCCUGUUCAGAAUACAAUUAUACAACUGUAAAACUUUUUUACAACUUUACAAAUUUCCAAAUGUACGUUUGUUCAAUUGUACAGCGGAACGAUUAAGCAGAUCUAUGUACAAACUCAUCAAUUGUACAUAAAUCUGUACAACGGAACUGAAUACCAAGUACCUAAACAUAAUUUUCUUAAACAUGAGAAGUAUUUGUAAAUAGCUUUCAUUCCUCAACCUUCUUCCAGGUUUUCAUCUUGCCACUGAUGAAAUAAAUCAAUCAACCAUAUCCUGACGCUCAGUAGUUCUUAUUUUCAUUAGAAAUAAGUUUAUUAAUGACGAAUAUAAAUAAUAUUUAAAUUUUUUUGUAUAAAUAUUAUGUAUCAGUUUAUGUAAUGAUAUAAUGUAUUAUCCUUGUUUAAAGAAAUAAACUAUUUUUUGUCA